AUGGGGGAGUCGCAGAAGCGAGCGCUUCAGUCCUACGUCGACCGUUUUCUCAGACUCAUCGAGUUCAACUCCGCUACUGAGGAAGAUUUUAUCCAGGUUGCUCAAAGUUUUGAGGCAUCGAGGAAGAGAUGGCAGCUGACGGAGAAGGUGCUGAGGGAGAAACAGGAGACUUUAUUGCGAUGUGAGAUCGAUCGCUCAGCGCUGCAGGUGAAGCUGAAGCAUGCCCGCAAUCAGGUGGACGUGGAGAUGAAGCGCCGUCAGAGAGCAGAGACCGAGCUGCAGACUGUGGAGCGUCAGAUGCAGCUGAUUGGGGAAGUUAUACAGAUACAGAAUGAUGGUCAGACCACAGUGCCUCUUAGCGACUCUGUUUUGGCGUUCUUCGGGGGACCCCGCUCCAAUCCUGCAGCCCAUGGAGCUGGAAACAGAUUGUCCAUGGUAGACGAGUCUUGCGGUUCCUUUCUGUCGGACAUCAGCUAUGACCAGACUGACGAUGACCUGGAUCUGGAGGAAUUUUCAGGGAAACCUGUGAAGCUGAAGCCCCGGGAAAGAAGGCGAUCCUCACUUUCUCCCCUGUUUGCUCCGUUUGUGAAGAAACCUCGGCCGAGUUUAACAGCUGCCAUCGUAAAUGAGAAUAUUAAGGAAGCAAUUAUUGCAAAAACCACCAUGUUGAUUAGAGACUCCGGUCCAAUCCAUGCCACGUCCUCCAUUGAGUCUGUACCACGCCGACGAUCGCGCAAAAGUAAAGCGUUCUCAUGCAUGCAAGACCAGUCUAUAUUACCACAAAUAAAUGAGGCGGAUCAAGAAACUGAACCAGAAUUGCCUCAUCCCAACAACCCAGCACAAGCGCACGUCUUCUUGUCCAAAACGAUGAUCCGGGCCGAGCAGUGCUCCGUCUGCGGCCAUAAGACCCGGUUUGGGAAGAUGUCUUUAAAGUGCAGAAACUGUCGGAUUUUAAUACAUCCUGAAUGCCGUGACUUUUGCCCCAAGCUGUGCCCUUCCACCUCUGUGCCCUCUCAGAACACGGCACCAAAAAAAGGACAGGUGCUGCUGUCUGACUUCGCCCCAACCACUCCUCCUAUGGUGCCCAGUCUGGUCAUUCAAUGUGUAAAUGAGAUUGAGAAGAGGGGUCUGAAUGAGCGGGGUCUCUAUCGUAUCUCUGGUGGUGAGCGACUGGUAAAGGAAAUGAAACACAAACUUCUCUAUGGGAAAGCGAAGGGUCAUCAACUGGCAAAAGAAGAUAUUCACGCUGUGUGCGGCGUCUUGAAGGAUUUCCUGCGGAACCUGACCGAGCCUCUCCUCACCUUCUCGCUGCACGCCCAGUUCCUGGACGCCGCCGAUAUUCUCAAUGAAAGUGACAGUAAAUGUGAGAUCUGCCAGGCUGUUCAGGAGCUUCCCCCUGCAAACAGGGACACGCUGGCCUUCCUCAUCCUGCACCUGUACAGAGUGAUGCGGAGUCCAGAAUGUCAGAUGGAUAGGAUGAACUUGUCUCGGGUCUUUGGUCCGACCAUCGUUGGUUAUUCAGUGCCUGACCCCAGCCCUCUGGUGAUCAUGCAGGACACCCCCCGACAAGCCAAGGUGAUGUCUCUGCUGCUCUCGCUGCCCUCCGGCUUCUGGAAUCAGUUCUUGUCCAACAAUCGGGAGAAUCAAAAUUGUGACUCUGUGAGCAUGGCGCAAGAGCGUCUGUUUCGUCCACUGACCUCUCCGGAGAUUACCACCACACCCACCCUUUCCCUGAAACACAGAGGGGAGUCUCCUCACUUAACAGAGUCUACAAGCAAGAGCGAGCUGCCAAAGAAGACGGGAAGGUUUUUCACUUCUCCUGAAGUGAAAAACCCCUACGCCUGA